CCCCCCUUUUUUCUCCUCCUGAUUGGGGCUUCGGGCUUCCGUCGCGGCGCGUGCGCGGUGGUGCGCCGCGAAACCGUUGAGGCCGACGAAUGCCCGCCCUCUCUCUCUCCCUCCCUGCCUGCCUGUGACGCGAGCAGCUCGGGAGAGGCGGGGCGGCGUUGGUCAGCUGAUCGCGGGGGGGAGGGGGUUUGGUGUGGAUGGUCCCCGCCGAGAGAGAGAGAGGGAGGGAGGCGGAGGAGUCAGUCGCCACCGCCGCCGCCGCGAUGCCCUCGGAGAAGAGCUUCAAGCAGCGACGCACCUUCGAACAAAGAGUAGAAGAUGUCAGACUCAUUCGGGAGCAGCAUCCAACAAAAAUACCAGUAAUUAUUGAAAGGUAUAAAGGAGAAAAGCAACUUCCUGUUCUGGAUAAAACGAAGUUUCUGGUCCCUGAUCACGUCAACAUGAGUGAGCUGAUCAAGAUUAUCAGGCGUCGCCUGCAGCUGAAUUCCAAUCAAGCUUUCUUUUUACUGGUGAAUGGACACAGCAUGGUGAGCGUUUCCACACCCAUUUCGGAGGUGUAUGAAAGUGAAAAGGACGAGGAUGGAUUCCUGUACAUGGUGUAUGCCUCUCAGGAGACAUUUGGCAUGAAAUCCUCCGUGUAAACCACAUCCUGUGGCUUGUAGCCUAGGAUAGUUUUUACCCCUCCCUCCCACAGGAAAAAGAAAGGGAUGUCACCAACCUGCUUACAGUAGUUGUGCUUUGCAGGUGUUCUCAUCAUACUGUUUUAGUUGUGAACAUUGAACAGAUGAAUGCCAGUGUAGACGAACAGCCCAGUUUUGUAGACCUGCCAUAAAUUUGCACAGGUACAUUUGCUUUAAAGCCUCUGGAAUUCGAAACCAUACUGUGUGUUAAGUUGCCAAUAAAAAGGAUGUUUGCAUUACUCUAAUCAUAGAAAAUGGGCUAGCAUUUAGCAGCAAACUGAAAAUACUUGUGUGUGACAUCUCGUCGUUUCAGCUCAUAAAAACGGCUUUUUCAGAAAGGGAACAAAUAGGAAUACAGGUCUGCUUUGUUUAAUUCGUUUUGAUAGUUCAUUGCAUGUAAUGGUGGGAGCAUUAAUUCACUGGUACUGCUAUUUUAGAAGAUAAACAUCAGACUAAUACACAUAUGAAACAUUACAGCUUUAUGCUAGUUUUAGGAAGCGUGUACUUAAACCAUUAUCCAAGAGAAGCUUCAUUGUAACAGGAAUCUAAUAUUCUGUCCUAUGCCUAGUUAAAAGAUACUCUUGUUAAAUCACCCUGCACCCUCCAGCAGAGAGGACUUCAUUUUGUCUUUCAUAUGGUAUUAGAGCUUUCCAGAGAGUAGGGCUUUGAGGUUGACCAGUUGCAAAAGUAACACGGUAAGUAUUGGCAAGCCUCACAACCACUGAAGUUUCUUUGUUUAGCAUAUUAACCUACCUGCAAAGUUCUUGAUCUUUGUUGAAAUAGAUGAAGCAAGGAACACUUGUAUUGCCUCCUCACUAGUAAGCCCUGGUUUUCUUUAGAUGGGUAAUGUCUAAAGUUACAAAGAGCAGGUGAGAGCUUGAUCACUGCUUCCAGUCAGUUGCACAGGGACAAGACCUUAAUGAGGAUGUGUCCUAUGCAAAAGGAAAGUAAUUCAAAUAAGUGUUCUGCUUCCUCUGUUAUACAGUGAAAUGUAGUAAGCUAAGACUUACUCUUGUAUAUUAAUGCGUGUGAAUUUAAUUAUAUGCUAUAUCCAGAUAGUUUCCACUAUGGGGAGAAAAAAAGCAGUGCUAAAUAUUGGUUUACUGUAAGAUACCACUAUGAUACCUUGUAUCUUUGCAUGUAUCUGUUCAAUGCUUGCUUUUGACUUUUAAAUGUUCACUUGAACUUUUACUUUACUGUAAAAUUUUAGAAAGCCUUCUGUUCAGUUUGAUAUUCCUUCGUAAGACAGCCAUCCUUAUUGACCAAUGACAUUGUACAAUGCUCUUGUACAAAUGUUGCUUUAAAAAAAAGUCCUGAUAUGGAUGAUUCUAUCCCAACUUGAUUAGAAGUUGCACUCAUUUACAAGUCCAUUUUAAAACUGAUCUUAAUGCUUAUAUAUGAAGAGCAGUUGACAGAAUUGAACAAAAGCCUUUGGGAGCGGAUUUACUGUUGCAGAAUGGAACAUUGUCACAAAAUUAGAGACUCUGUGGCUGUACUAGUGACAGUGGUACUUGUGGAGAUGCUUAUGAAAAAUAACAUUGCCUGUUUUCCAAAUGGGACUCUGCAAAAUAAGUACGAUAGCUUGGCGCUAAAGGAAGCUUGUGGCAGAAGAAGCUGAUGGGAUUCUGUUCUAGGCUGCAACAAGGCUCUUCUGUAUCCUGAAGAUCACUUACCUAAAAUGGACAACUUGCAGAGCAAAAGCUGUUGGAUAGCUCUGCAACAUCUGCCUGCAGCUGCCACCACCUUUGAGACAUUGCAUGUGUGUUGUUAGCCUUUGGUUAAACCUGCUGUGCUUACAAGUAAGCUUAUUUUCUUUAGCCACUGACUGAAAAUGGAAAAUAAUUAAAAGUGAAGAUGUCUUAAAAGACA